AAAACUGGUGCAACCGCUUAUCCGAGUAGUGAUCGGGCUUUACUUCAAAGCCAUGCAUACUCUCGACGACAUAAUCAAUAUCAUGUCCAACCUAAUUUGCUUUCUUCACAUGACACGUCAAUUACUAGUACGACAUCCAACCCUCAAUCUCAUUUAUCGCGCUCUGAUCUAUCAUCAUCUAAUUACCCGCUUGUUGAUAAUAGCAACAUGGUCAAAUUGUUUAUUUUGCCUCACCGGCCCCUUUCAAAUGAUUCACUCGCCUAUCCUACUCCGAACUCAAUUUCGGCUCCCUAUUUUAAAAGUCAUAUAGCUCAAGAUGAUGCUCAUUCAGAAUCUUCCACCUCCCAUUUGCGAUCAUUUACUGGUGGGGUUUACGAUCAGGAAGCUGGAGAUGAAGAGACGCCUUUAGAAAACGAGUGUUCGCGAAACUUGGCAAAAGAUUUUGAUGAAGUUGGGCCGGCUGACGCAGAUGAAGAUUCUGACGACGGGGAUGAAGAAAGAUUGACCAUUCAAGAAAAAACUCAUCAUUCAUUCGGUGAUACUAGCUGUCCGUCAGUUGACUUUCAAGCUGCCAUUGUUUCGCAGCAUAAGCCAUCUUCUUCCAUACAGCCUCAUUUGCAGCAACAUCACUACCAACUAGCUCCUUCAGAUAAAGACUCUCAACAUAUUUCAGACAAGGUGACUGAACUAUCGGAUCGAUUUGCUCUAUUACCCGUCUCUCACCAACGCUCUGGCAGUCAAAUAGAAUCUCAUCUUUCCUUGUCCCACCAGGCUGCUAUAUACCCAGCCGAACAUCGUCCUUGUGAUAGCCAACCCUCUUCUCUCAAUUCUCUCAUCUCUUAUAGUGAUCAUCCGAAUAAUGAGUUACAUCCAUCUCCCAGACUAGUUUUCGCCCCGCGCCACUUAUCCUCCCACAAGUUGAGAAAUAGUAUAAACAGGUUACAUAUAAAUGACGUUGAUGCGCCUACUCUGUCUAAAGAGGCCAAGGAGAUGAAGGAAACAGAGGCGGGAACAUCUCUGUGGUGGCGGACAAACCUUACAGCAGCAACAGCCCAAAGCAAGACAGCAACAGAAGUAUAG